CGCUGUUUAUUCCACAACAGAACGUACCUCACUUCUGCAAUCACUUUUUCAGCACCAAGGCUAAAGUAUCAGAAGUUUAGUGUGAAGUAGGCCUAUAGGAAAGACGAAAAGUUUCACUCAUGGCGCUUAAUGGAUCGAGAUUCGCCAGAACUACGGCAGAUUUGAAUUGGGAAUACCUGGAUAGCCUGAUCAACGAUCUUGAUGGACAGACGUCAGGAGUGUUGAGGAAGGAGAGACGGAAAUUGGCGGAACGGGUGGAGGCUCUCAAGCAUGGUCUGGACGCCGCCAUUACCAGCACCCGAAUCCAAGUCUACAAACUAGACGAUGGUUCCAAGAGACGGACGUUACAGAGAGGCAUUGACUUUCUGGAGUCUCUCAGGCGAGGGUCUGUCAGGGUAAGAACGAGAGCGGUCCUGGGAUCGAGAUCGGGUAAAAAGGGCAAGAAAAGCGACCCAACGCCAGCAACGGAACGACGAUCGAGUACUGGGAAAUCUUCAUCUGAUUCUUCUCCAAAGAAAUCUUCCAUAGCUCGGCAUACAAUCCCUGACAGAUCCCCGACAAUGAAAAGAACGGCUUCUUCAGUAGAUGGUAGUAGCGCUUGCGUCACACCAAGCUCGGAAUACAGCAAUGAUGGAAGCUCCUACAGAGGCGACCUCAUCUUACGUAUCCCCAAGAGUCGUAUCACUUCGGGUAUCUUCGGCUUUGAAUCGGGUGAUUUCGGCGGAAUUCAAUUAAAACCGACGACUCCUAUCGGGAAAAAGUCUCGAACCUCCAAGAGGGUUCGGAACUACUCAUCCUCGUCCGUUUUUGACGAGCCAGAACCACAGAAGAGGGAAAGACCGCCGGGAGUCUACCAGUUGCGAAGAGUGGUCUCAAGCGGGCAUGUUUGUACAAAAUGUCUUGGAUGUAACGGUCAUCAUUAGUAAAAGUUUGGAUAACAAAAGAGGAGAGAACAAAAUAUGGUAUGAUUUACUAGUAGUGCUGACAUUCGCUCAAUAACAUUCUAAGAUUUGUCUUACUAAGUAAAAAUUUCUUGAUUUUGAGUCAUUAACAUAUACAAUGAAUUCAAUAUUUAAAAGUUUACCAAAACGUUUGACAGCAUGUUUGCCUACAGGCAUUCCCCUUCUUAAAGUAGAACUGCGAUGGCAUUUUCAGUCGUUGACUCCAUGGGCGUAAACUUCAUACCAGUAGAUGGCCCAGUACCAGGCUACUUUGAUUUCUAGUAUUUUGUUUGUCAAUUUUAUAAAAAACAGACAAAAAUUGAUGCAUGUACAGAUGUUAUCCAUAUAAUCUAAUCGACAUAACCUAAGAAAAGAGUCAAGACCAAAGGCGUGUUUUUGUCCAUUUAAUGAACAUAUCUCUAGUUGACUACACUCUACCUGAAGUCUACUUCUAUGCUAACAGUGUAUCUACAUUAGAGCAUCUAACGAUGCUUGCAAGAAUCAUGUUGAGCAAAAUCUUUUUUGAAAAGAAUAA